AAGAAGAAGAUUUGGGGGACAGUGGACAUUGUUGGACAUCUCCAGGAACCUAAUCCUGAGUUUGUCUUAUCUUGGUGGCAAUAGGCGAUCUGAAGGCUCUUCACAGAAACAGGGUGCACUUUGAAUGAAUGCUUUUGUCCCUCCUGUCUACCACCAGAUUCUGCCUCGCCAUGCACAGGCCCAGAAACAAUAGAACCAAGUGACAUGGACUGAAGUCUUUGAAAUUAAGUGGGGAAAGUGGCGCAUCCUGCUAAAGCACUGGCCUGACUCCAGGAGCCCCCUACUAGAGGCAGGCGAGCGGCUCGGUGCAGGCAGGAGACGUGCUGCCGGGCUGCACUGCCCGGGGGAGAUGACUUCUCGCCAGGAGGACGACUCUGGGAAGACCACGGAGGAAGCAAAGUUUCAGGGCAGCUGAGGAGCCUUGGCCGCAGCCCUUCCCAGCCCAAUCACCUCCCUGGCUAUGGAGGGCGGACUCUAAAAUGAAUUCCGAUCUGGACACCGGCCACAACACAUCAGCACCUGCCCACUGGGGAGAGUUGAAAGAUGCCAACUUCACUGGCCCCAACCAGACCUCAAGCAACUCCACACUGCCCCAGCUGGACGUCACCAGGGCCAUCUCCGUGGGCCUGGUGCUGGGCGCCUUCAUCCUCUUUGCCAUCGUAGGCAACAUCCUGGUCAUCCUGUCGGUGGCCUGCAACCGGCACCUGCGGACGCCCACCAACUACUUUAUCGUCAACCUGGCCAUUGCGGACCUGCUGUUGAGCUUCACGGUCCUGCCCUUCUCUGCUACCCUGGAGGUGCUGGGCUACUGGGUGCUGGGACGCAUCUUCUGUGACAUCUGGGCAGCCGUGGACGUCCUGUGCUGCACGGCCUCCAUCCUGAGCCUAUGCGCUAUCUCCAUCGAUCGCUACAUCGGAGUGCGCUACUCUCUGCAGUACCCUACACUGGUCACCCGCAGGAAGGCCAUCUUGGCGCUCCUUAGUGUAUGGGUCUUGUCUACCGUCAUCUCCAUCGGGCCUCUGCUUGGCUGGAAAGAGCCAGCGCCUAAUGAUGACAAGGAAUGUGGAGUCACAGAAGAACCGUUCUAUGCACUGUUUUCCUCCCUGGGCUCCUUCUAUAUCCCACUCGCGGUCAUUCUGGUCAUGUACUGCCGAGUCUACAUCGUGGCCAAGAGGACCACCAAGAAUCUGGAGGCAGGGGUCAUGAAGGAGAUGUCCAACUCCAAGGAGCUGACCCUGAGGAUUCACUCCAAGAACUUUCAUGAGGACACACUCAGCAGUACCAAGGCCAAGGGCCACAACCCCAGGAGUUCCAUAGCUGUCAAACUUUUUAAGUUCUCCAGGGAAAAGAAAGCAGCCAAGACCUUGGGCAUUGUGGUUGGAAUGUUCAUCCUGUGUUGGCUCCCCUUCUUCAUUGCUCUCCCACUUGGCUCCCUGUUCUCCACCCUGAAGCCCCCGGACGCCGUGUUCAAGGUGGUGUUCUGGCUGGGCUACUUCAACAGCUGCCUCAACCCCAUCAUCUACCCGUGCUCCAGCAAGGAGUUCAAGCGCGCCUUCGUACGCAUCCUCGGGUGCCAGUGCCGCGGUGGCCGUCGCCGCCGUCGCCGCCGUCGCCUGGGCGGCUGCGCCUACACCUACCGGCCGUGGACGCGGGGCGGCUCGCUGGAGCGCUCGCAGUCGCGCAAGGACUCGCUGGACGACAGCGGCAGCUGCCUCAGCGGCAGCCAGCGGACCCUGCCCUCGGCGUCGCCCAGCCCGGGCUACUUGGGCCGCGGCGCACCGCCGUCCCUGGAGCUGUCCGCCUUCCCCGAGUGGAAGGCUCCCGGCGCGCUGCUCAGCCUGCCCGAGCCACCCGGCCGCCGCGGCCGCCACGACUCCGGGCCGCUCUUCACCUUCAAGCUGCUGGCGGAGCCGGAGAGCCCGGGGAUGGACCGCGACGCCCAGGCCGACCUGGCCAACGGGCAGCCGGGCUUCAAGAGCAACAUGCCGCUGGCAUCCGGGCACUUUUAGGGUCCCUUCCCCCCUCCCCCGGUUGGGGGAGGACACCACGGUGGGGGGGGCGCAGGGAGGGAGGAGGGAGGAGGGAGGAGGGAGGGUGUCAGCCCCCCAGCAGACACGGGCCGCAAGGGGGUGGGGUGGGGGGCGGGGAGAGGGGCAGCUGCUUUUCUGGCAGGGGCAUGGGUGCCAGGUACAGCGGAGAGCUAGGCCGAGCAUGCUGAGAGCCUGGGGGACCCGACGCCAGCCGGGAUUUAUGUCUCUCUCUCUCUCUUCUCUCUCUGUAUAUAUAUGUAUAUCCAACAAGUCCCUCUCUAUAUGUAUUUAACUGUGGGUUCAUGUGCGUGUGUCUGUGUGGUGAAUGUGUGGUCUGCAUGGGUGAGUGCGCGUGUGUGGGGCCACCCGUGGGGGCAGAGCCAGUGUGUGCCCCGAUGGUGUCCGGGCAUCAUUGUUCUUCUCUGGUGACUUGUACCUCUCCAGCCCCUCCAUGUUCUUUACCCAAUGAUGGCACUUUGAUGGGGUUGAAAACCAAGUCAUUAAAAGAUAUUUCUCCUGUGA